ACAGAAUUUUUAUUAAAUUUAAAACAUUGAUGCUUUAAAACCUAAGCUGAAGCAGAAAAUAGACUGGGGAAAGGGACUGUCAUGCUCUCUUGAUGUCAGGAAAAGAGUACUUACAAUUGAAAUUUAUUUUCUUUGUAAUCACUUCCAAAUCAUACAGAGUUAAUUUACAGUAUAAAGUUCUUUAGGAAACUGUAAUCCAAAUGGUUUUAUCUUCUGUGUCUCAUUUCCAUUUUAUUAACAAACUGAACAAAAAAUAUAGAAAGCAGGCAUAGGCUGGACACAGUGACUCACGCCUGUAAUCCCAGCACUUUGAGAGACUAAAGCAGGAGGAUUGCUUGAGCCCAAGAGUUCGAGACUAACCUGAGCAACAUGGUGAAACCCCAUCCCUACAAAAAAUACAAAAAUCAACCGGGUGUGGUAGUUCACACUUGUGGUCUGGACUACCCAAGAGGCUGACAUGGGAAGAUCACUUGAGCCUGGGAGGUGGAGGUUGCAGUGAGCCAAGAUUGUGCCACUGCCCUCCAGCCUGGGUGACAGAGUGAGACCCUGUCUCAAGAAAAAAAAAAAGAAGGCAGGCAUAAUCAAAUUUGCACAUUGUAUAGUAUUAGAGACUGUCCUACAUGCUGGUUGGCAGAAACAAGAGUGGAGCCAUUUAAUAGACAGAAACCUGUAUCUAAGUUUGAAAAACUCAUUUAUUAAUUAAAAGGCUGAGCAAGCCAGGCUCAAGUACAGGACUGGAAAGACCUGUGCUUUAUGGAUGUGUGUGUGGUGGGGUGGGAUACGGGGCUUUAUUUGACUAUAAGUGCAAUGUGACUCAACAUUGAAAUCUUAAAUGUGUCAAAAAGGCAUAUACAGUCUUAGACAGGAAUGAUGAGUGCAGCACCCAGAAGGGAAUAUUGAACGUUUGACACAGAGCUGUGGCCACAUCAGAAUUGUGCAGUAUUCCAUUCUGAGCACCACAUUAAAGGAGUUACAUUGGCAGACUGCAGUCUAUCCUUGAAAGGGUAAUCAGGAUGUUGAAGAAUCUCAAAACUUGGCAAGGAACAAUUGGUAAAGUAACCUUGAGGAGUCAUGAUUGCUGAUUUCUAACAUUUGAGGUAUUGUUAGGUACAAGAAGGAAUAGGCUUUCCUUUUUGUUUCUCCAAGGGACAACACAGAACCAACUUAAGAACUUUUUAAACAGCUGUCUAAGUCAAACAGGUUGUUGAGGUAGUCAAUUCCCUAUUAAUUGGGAAGUUCAACAAGUUAUGUGCCAGGCAUGGUUGCAUUCAUUUAUUUAUUGUUGCAUAACAAAUUACUCCAAAGUUUAAUGGCUUAAACCAACAUACAUUUACCAUCUCACAGUUUCUGUGGGUCAGGACUCUAACCACAGCUUAGCUGGAGGUCUCAUGAGGUUGCAGUCAAGCUGCAAUGAGAACUGAAAUCUGUUUGAAGGCUUGAUUGGGGACAGAGAAUCCACUUCCAAGUUCACUCUUGUAGUUGUUGGAAAGCCUCAUUACCUCACUGGUUGAUGGAGGCUAUAGCAGGUUGAAUUGUAUCUCACAAAAAGAUAUGUUCAUAGGUGCCAACUCCUGGUACCUGUAAAUGUAACCUUAUUUGGAAAUAGGAUUUUUGCAGAUAUAAUCAAGUGAGGAUGAGGCCAUGCUGGAUUAAAGUAAAUUCCUAAUCUAAUGACUAGUAUCCUUAUAAAAAAGAAAAGUCACACAGAGCACAGAGACACACAGAUACACAGGGAAGAAAGCCAUGUGAUGAUGGAGGCAGAGACUGCAGGAAUGCAGCUACAACCAAGGAACACCAAUGAUUCCUAGGAGCUACCAGAAGCUAGGGAAGAAGCAAGGAGGGAUUCUUCUCUAGAGCCCUCAGAGGGAGCAUAGCCCUGCUGACACAUUCACUUUGGACUUCUAGCCUCCAAAACUCUAAGAUGAUACAUUUCUGUUGUUUAAAGCCAUCUAGUUUGUGUUAAUUUGUGAGACAGCCCUAGGAAAUGAAUACAGAGGCUUCCUUUAGUUCCUUGCCACUUGGACCUCCCCACAGGGCUACUUCCUGAUAUGGAAACCAGCUUUCCCAAGUGAGUAAUCCAAGCAAGAAAUAGAGUGUGAGAGAACACUCAAUAUGGGAAACAUGGUCUUUUAUAACCUAACCUUAGAAAUGACAUCUCAUUACUGCUGCUGUUCUAUUAUUUAGAAGUGAGUCAAUUAGUAUAUAGCCCAUGCUCAAGGAGAGGGGAUUGCACCAGGGUAUGAAUAUCAGGAGUCAGGAAUCAUGUGGAGUAAUCUUAGUGACUGCCUAAAACAAUGGUGCCAGGCCUUGAUGAUGCUUUCUAGAUGUUCAUGACUUAGUGGGAAAAAUGAAUGUGUAUAUAGGCAAGUGAUAGUCUAUGUGUUAGAUAUAGCAAGGCAGGCUUUGAAACUGGACAAUGGAACUGGAAUUUGAGUCCUGAUGCCAUUAUUUACUAAAUCCUUCUGGAUUACUUACUAAAGGUCUCUGAGCUUUAUCUUUUUCAUCUGCUUAAAUGGGAGAUAAUGCUGUCAUUAUAGCAUAUAUAUGAGAUAAGCAUGCAAAACCAUGUUACAUAUCAGACAUAUAGUAGGUGCUUACUUAAGAAUAAUAGUUGUUAGGAUUAUUUUAGGUAUUUUAGUAGUGAUAAGUAACCAGUAAGAAAAUGUAGUCACUGUUAAUGAGAUGACAUAUUUAAUAUAGCAUCGUUGUUAAUAGUGUCUAAAACUAGUUAACAUCUCCUGAUUUACCUGAGCUGGCGGGAAAAACCAGCCCCAUGAGCAUCCUCUGGGCUGGCCCAGUACACAGGGGGAGGCGCUCCAUGGCUGGUCUUCCCUCUGUCAGCCCAUGCGGCCGCCAUGACCUGGAGCACCACCACCUGGGGCGCCCACCAGCUCAACAGCACCACAUUCACGUGGCAGCUCUUCCCCACCUGGCAACCACUGCUGUUGGCCAGCAUCACGCUACAGCUCUUCUUCUAUGUGGGCCUGGCCUUCAUCGGUCUGGACCUCUAUUACUCCUCCAGCAGCAUCAAGGAGCUGGAGUACGACUACACUGGCGACCUGAGCACCAGGAACUGCUCCGUGUGUGCCACGGCCUGCCAGGGCUGCGCACCACUGCCUAUCUGCUCAUGUGCUUGGUACUUCUCACUGUCUGAGCUCUUCCAGGGCCCCAUGUACCCCUACUACGUGCUGAACAACUUCUACCAGAACAACAGGUGGUACGGAGUAUGCUGCCAUGAUGCACAGCUGAGCGGGCUGCCCAGCACGCUGCACCACCCGGUCAACGGGCACAUCCCUAGGCCACCUGCCCAUCGCGCAACCUGCAGUGCCAUCACCAACAGCCUUUUCAAUGACUCCUUCUCGCUGUGGUACCAGCGCCAGCCCUGCGGGCCCUAUGUGGAGAUGCCGCGCUACUGCACUGCACCAGAGCUACCACACUGCACCAGCAUCGCCCAGUAGACUGACUACCCCCUCAAGUUCCACAACCCACUGCUGGUCAACUGCAGCCUGGUACUGGCCUCGCAUGGCACGGCACCCCCGCUCAACUGGUGCUGGCCGGUCUACGAUAAGUUCAGCCCCAUCCCCAACAACACCGGCUUCAUCAACCAGGACUUCAUGGUGUGGAUGCUCAUGACAGCGCUGCCCACAUUCUGUGAGCUGUAUGUGCACAUCUGUUAGGGCAGCUACUCACCUCGGGGUGCCUACGGCAUCAACAAUGCCUACAACUAUCCUGUGUGUGCAUUCGGCAGCCACAAGCUCCGCAUCUUCAGCAGCAUCUUGUGGAUGGGUGGCAAGAAUUCCUUCCUGGGCAUCGCCUACCUGGUCGUCAGCUUCUUCUGCAUCCUUACCGGCUUUAGCAUGCUGGUCAUCUACAUUCACUACCAGGACCAGAAAGAUGAUGACGAUGAGGAGGAGGGGUGAUUCCAGCUUUCCUACGACCCUUCCUGCUGCUUGCUAAAAUUCUAACGAGCUUCUUUCAGCCUCUCCCCCUUGCCCCUCAUCCUAUUCUAGUCUCUCCUGGCUUUUCCUCCCUUUGUGAAGGAGGGGGCCAGAGAAGGGAAUAACACCCUCGCUCUUGGGGGCUGCUAGAGUCUCUUGCCUGGUGGUGGAGGGUUGACUGCAGAGUGAAACAUUCUUGCAAACUCUCCCCACCUCCUCCGUGAUACUGACUUGCCAUGUUAGGUUCUUCAAGUCUGAGAGUGGAAGGGAUCCCUGUAGAGACUCAUUUUCAACCCCUAUCAGAGGAAGAGAUUGAGAGACCUAGCAAUGUGAAAUAACUCAGUCAAGAUCAGGCAGCUGGCAAGUGGUUCCUGACGCUGAGGCUAGAGCUUUUGCCACUACAGUACAGUGGUUUUCUUUUCUUUGUGGGGAGGGUGGGUUGGGAUGGAGAGUGAGGCCCACAAAUUACCCAAAGAGGCAUGGAGGGGUGUGGGAGAGCAUAUUUGUUAAAUAUGCAGGUAGAUUAGGAGGCAUCAACCCCAGAGAUUCUGACACAGUAAUGCUGAGGUGAGAUGCUUGAACCUGUUUUAACAAACUCCUCUGGAGAUCUCCAUAUUCCCUCAAAUUUGGAAAUCACUGCCCUGAACCAGGUUGGACCUGAACCAGUCACCUGAGUCCAGUUUUUCAGGUAGUAAUUUGUUCCCAGAGACAGUGACACCAUAAUGUUGCAGGUUUGGUCUGGCACGCUACCUUAAAUAUAGUCAGCUAUUAAUGACUUGUGGAAUUUUUUUAAAUCAUUAUCUCUGAGCUGGGCACGGUGGCUUAUGCCUGUAAUCCCAGCUCCCCGGGAGGCUGAGGCAGAAGAAUCAAUUGAA